UUAAACACUGCUACAGUCCACUCCUCUGCCGCAGUGUUGUAGAUGUUGAUCAUUUGAUGAUGCUGUCCCUGUUGCCGGAAACGAAAUGGGUUUGAUUCCUAACCCUAACCCUAACCCUAAUGCUAAACCCAAGCAACCUGCGUUUUGCUUAAAAUGGCCAUGGAAUGAUGCAAACCCUAGCCCUAGCCCUAGCCCCUGCAAGUUUGAGGGUCCUUUGCCAUUGAAAUCUCUCCAAAACCUUGGCUUAAUCGCUUUCAAUUUUGCGAGCUCUGUUUCGAGUUGGAAGAAGAAAACGAGUCCAGCUGCAGCGUCGGAGUCGGAGGCAGAGGCAGAGGCGUUUGCGUCGGCUCUGGCGAGCGGGAAGGAAGCGACUUUGUUGGAGUUCUACUCCCCCAAGUGCAGGCUCUGCAAUUCCUUGCUCAAAUUUGUCUCCGAAGUCGAAACCAGAAACUCUAAUUGGCUCAACAUUGUUAUGGCUGAUGCUGAGAACCCCAAUUGGCUACCCGAGGUGAUAUUUUAUCUCAAUGCCAGUGACACACUAGGUUUUUCCACCACAUGCCUAAAUCAAGGAAGAGCUUUUGAAACAAACUUGUGCAUGCUUGUCAUCAUUCUGUAAAACAAUCUGGAUUUGAAUCAUGUGACUAGCAUACAACUCAAUUGAUUCUCUAGCACUGGUCUUCGGUCUUCCCAGUUUUGGCCAGGCUGGAAAAAUGAUCAAACAGCAAUAAAAAUGGAUAACUCUUCAUAUAAGCUGCCUUUCUGUUUAAUUUUCCUUUUUCUGUUAUAUUUUUUAUUCUGUUAGUUCAGGGUUCCACUUGUUUUACAUUGUUUAACAUAUUUGAUUAUUACUACUGUCAUUUGUUUGUGCUAUGGAAAUUGGGUAUACUUGUCAUUGGUUUAAGAUGGAUUUUGGCUGGGUAUCAUACCUUAUUAACAUUUACUUUGUUGCUUUGUGAAAGUUUUUUUUUUAUAUUGUUUUGUUUCUUUAACUCAAAAGUACGAGUAUAUAUCAAAGUUGGUCAUUAGAAAGAAUUAAAUGUGACAAGGGAGCUUAUCAAAGCUUAAUAAAAUAAUUAUUCAUGUUAUCUCCUAGAGUAAGUAUGCUGAACUACAUUUGCGCAGACCUGACCUCGCACUGUCAGUCUCAUGCUCCCAAGCCUUCUUUUCUCCUCCUCUUUUAGAUGCAGACCUGUUUCUCUAUCUUUUUUUUUCAAAUGUGAUGAUCCUCAGUAUAUCCCUCUCGAGAAGUAUUGCAUUCUUGCCUCUUCUUGAAAAUACUUUUUGGCUUUUUUAUUUUUUGUUCAUUCUUUCAGAAUUACCUUUGCAUGCAAACCAUUCUAAUUUUCUUUACACUCCAGCUGCUGCUUAAAUGAGCUUAACCUGAUAUCUUGCCUUGGAUUAUGUACAGCAUGCAUUGUAACAAAUGCUGCUUCCACAUUAAACUUACCUUUUAACUGUCGGAUUAUACCUUGGACAAUCUCAUUUGUUAGCAUAUGCUAUUAAAAAUUGACAAAUGGACAAUGCCAGCAUUUUAUCCAAACAGAGAGUACCAUCCCAUCCUACGAUCACUCUUGAGCCGAAAAGUUCAAAACAUUACAUUCUAAGUCCAUUUUCAUAUAUAUGUCCUUCAAUGCAUCUAGUUUUGAUAUGCAAGGGAUCCAUUUUGACAUAUUUCUGUGUGAAACUUCAGAUGAUGGUUCUGACAAGAAACAUCAAUUUUUUGGAGGGGUAUGAGAAGAGCAUCAAAUUUUAAUUUAAGAUUAAAACACAUUGUUGAUGAGAGAUUUGAGGCCCUUAUCCUUUACUUGAUGGAAACAGCCGAGGUCCAAAUUUAGGAUGGACUUACAAGUUUUCUUUGAAUACUUUAACCAUUAAUUAAGGCUAUUACUUCUCGAUAUUCUUGCAUGACCUUCAUUGAAAUUGGUUUUGCUAUCUUUUAUACCUUGAGGAUAAUGUUGUAUACGAAUAACUCAAUAUUUUAUUUAUUUGUUUAAUCUCAGGAGAAUACAUUUUGUUCAUAAUGACUUCUUGCUGACUUAUUUUUAAAUCUUCCUA